UUAUUUUAUUUCAUUUUUCUUCCUCUUUGUUGCGCUUACCAUCAAGGCUUUCAUAAGCAUCCUACGAAUUUUCUUAAGUCAUAUGCAUUGAUUGUAACGUAAUUCUUGACUCUGAGCAGGUUGGAACCUUGAAAAAAUUCUGCUUUUUGUUCGUGCUGCUGACAGAAGUUGGCAAUGGACAACAGAACUGGUUUUGGUGUUGUGCUUACAAUGGUGUGUGUAUUUACUGCUCUCCUGAGUACUGAUGCGGGAAAGACUCAUACGGAUUUCGUGACGACAACGAUCUCCAAUAACAAGAUUGCCAUCUUCUCCAAAUCGUAUUGCCCGUACUGUGCACGCACAAAGAAUGUUUUCAAGGAGUUAAAUGUGACACCUUAUGUUGUGGAACUUGAUCUCAGAGGUGAUGGAGGAGAAAUUCAGAAUGCUCUAAGCAAUUUAGUGGGUCGUCGUACUGUGCCACAAGUGUUCAUAGAUGGCAAGCACAUUGGUGGAUCAGAUGAUACUGUGGAGGCAUAUCAAAGUGGAACACUGGCUAAGCUUUUAGGCAUCACAGAUGAGGAGGAGCUACGUUAAGGCAUGAAGUUUUUUAAAUAUAAGUGUAAUAAUCAUGAAUUGGUCGAACUCCUGAAAGGUUACCCGGAAGUUUGUUCAACUAAAACUUAGUUGUACCAAUGCUUUUUUUCCUUUUUAAAUUUACGAAAAAUUAAAAAAUAAGAAUGCUGGUAAGUGAAAAACACAACCAAUUUUUUUCCUUAUAAAUUGGAUUAUAUAGUUAACUUUUCAAAUGCGGUGGGAUUGGCAAGCGUCAUUUUCUCUAUUGUGGCACUGUAGUUAAGAAAACAGGAGUGAAGGUGAACUAUAUGCAAUAGAAGGAUGAUUAAGCCCCAACAUUACGGUUUAUUCAAUUUUUAUAGCAGGAAUCACUCUUGUAGCCAUACCACAGUGUGAUUUGCAUUGUGUAUUGAAUCUUUUCCUGUCCUGGAUAAAUUCAGCCACAAUUAGAAAUACAUUUAUGUAGUAGAGAUAUUUGUUCAGUCGUGUGGAACAAAUGAAAUCUAUGUCAAUAUUGAUAUCAUAUAUUCUCUGGAAUGAAAUGUCACAAUAUGGUUAUAUAAUACAGA